AUGUCGCAAAGUGGCAAACUCUUCCACCCUGGUAUAAUGACUUUUUGGGAUGCCUAUAUUUAUUUUGUGACCUCACUGCCUUUGGUACUUCUACUGGGCAUCACUCUGGCAUGUCAUUCGACCACCAGAUUUAGCGGUUCAUAUUACUCUAAUAGAACCAUAAUACCCUCCAUGAACACCGCUUUUGUCCUCCUAUCACUGCCAAUCCCUUGCCUUGGUCGCAUUUUUUGCUGUCCUGGUGCUUUCCCUUUACUCUCCCUUCACUCAGGGAGCAAUGGCUGGAGGCCCAUGGAUGAGGUGGAGGAGCUAAUUUGCUUGUGGAGUAUUAAUACAUCUAUAAUACUCGAGCUCACUGUGUGCAACAGCGAGCACAAAGGUUUCAGCAACGUGCGGAGUGGUGCGAUGGGAAUAGUUGGUAGUAUCACUGUGACGCCAGUUAACAUAGUUGAUAAUGUGGGAAUCAUAGGUGGACGUAUGGUAACUUUCGCACAUGGUAUUUCCUAUAUUUUACCCUAA